GUUUUGUUUCGUUGAUGUCGUCUUUUUUGGUGGGCACCUCUGUUUUUCCUGUUAACUUCUCACCACGACCGCUUUUAUUUAUUCCAUUUUCCUUCCCAAAGCCCUCCAACUCAGACUUCUCUCUCUCUGUCUCUCUCGACAGUUUCUAUGCUCAACUUGGUCACAACUCGAGACUUCACUCUUGACCCAAUAAAUAUCUGAAGGCGAAAGAAGCUUCAGCAGUUUAGGUCUAGAUUCCGAUGAUCAAAUUGUGGGGGUUAUCAGUUGAUAAGGAGGGACUGGCUGUUUUGGCUUUAUGGGAGACGGCGUUUCAAGGAAUUAUGCUUGAUUGUGUUGUUGUGAACCUGCACUACUUGUUCCCCUGAAGAUGUUUUCAAAGUUGGAAUUCCAAAAGAGACCAAAAAAUGGGUUUUGAGGCUGAUAAGGUAAUCAUUGGUGUCUCAGUUGGUCUAGCCCUUGGAAUUGUGAUAGCUUCACUCAUAUUUUUUGGCAAAAGGUGGUACAAAAAGCGAGCUCAUCUUCGACGAUGUGCAAAUGAGCGUAGUAUAGCAAGUGCGACCCUUCCUAUACGCACAAAUGGGACAGGCACAAGCACUGACUUUAGUGCGUCUCUGACAAAUUCGAUAGCCAUACAGGGAUCUAACAAACUUCCAAAAAGUUCUUGGCCUUGGUGGAAACAUGAGAAUAAAGGUGGCUUUGCUUCUGCAUCAGGCACACUUAGAUACUCGUACAAGGAUAUUCAGAAAGCCACACAGAAUUUUACAACCAUUUUGGGACAAGGGUCAUUUGGUCCAGUCUAUAAAGCAACAAUGCCUACCGGAGAAUUAGUAGCUGUGAAGGUGCUGGCUUCUGAUUCCAAACAGGGAGAGAGAGAAUUUCAAACAGAGGUUUGUGUGCUUGGAAGACUUCAUCACAGGAAUCUUGUGAAUUUGGUAGGAUAUUGUGUUGACAAAGGACAGCACAUGUUAAUUUAUGAGUUCAUGAGCAAUGGGAGUUUGGCAAACCUUCUAUAUGGUCAAGAAGAUCGGAUUUUGAGUUGGAAUGAAAGGCUUCAAAUUGCUCUUGAUAUUUCACAUGGGAUUGAGUACCUUCAUGAAGGGGCAGUCCCACCUGUAAUACAUCGUGAUUUGAAGUCUGCUAAUAUAUUGUUAGACAGGUCAAUGAGAGCCAAGGUUGCUGAUUUUGGGUUGUCAAAAGAAGAGGUUUUUGAUGGCCGGAAUUCUGGCUUGAAGGGUACGUAUGGGUACAUAGAUCCAGUGUACUUGUCAACAAACAAGCUCACAAUGAAGAGUGAUAUCUACAGUUUUGGUAUUAUCAUCUUUGAACUCAUCACGGCCAUUCACCCUCAACAAAACUUGAUGGAAUAUAUAAAUCUUGCCAACAUGAGUCCAACUGGUGCGGACGAGAUACUCGAUAAAAAACUUGUUGGAGAAUGCUGCCUUGAGGAAGUGAGAGGCCUCGCCGGUAUUGCUCAUAAAUGUCUGCACAAGCUACCAAGAAAGCGACCUGCAAUAGCAGAAGUUUCCCAGGCUAUUUUGAAGAUACAACAGAGGCGCCUUGCUAAGGUUGAUACCAUGUCUUUUGCGAGCAGAGAUUUUUCACGAGCCAUGAGCCGAAUAGAGGAUCAACAGCUGGAGUUAAGUAAGAUGACUAGCUUGAAGGAGUGAGAGUAACGACUGCGAAAUUCAUCUUCUCCUUCUUCUUCUUCUUCUUCUUCUUCUUUUUUUUUUUUUUUUCCUUGCAUAAUUAUCUCCUUUCCCCUGUGUGUUUGUUUGAGUUAUGCCAACUGACACGCCAAACGCAGAUGCGGCAAUGAUUAGUUAAAGAGUCUUCCAUCCGCAA